AUGUCUGCUUUUGUGAUUAGCUUAGUGAUUUUCUCAGCCUUGGCUGCCUCUUCAGAUGCAACCUUUUGCUUGUGCAACUCAGGGCUGGGCGACAUCGUGCUGCAGAAAACCAUCGAUUACGCUUGCAGAAACGGAGCUGAUUGCUCAGAAAUCAGCCAAAGUGGGAACUGUUACAAUCCAAACACCCUCCAAGAUCACUGCAAUUACGUUGUUAAUAGUUUAUAUCAUAAGAAAUCUCACCUUGGUACAACUUGUAAUUUCCAAGGAGCUGCUGCUCUCUCUCAAAAUAUCACCAAUGCUAUGCUCGGUGCAUGUGUCUACCAGUCUACUCCCAGCGCGGAUGGCGGCAACACCACCACCCCCGGCGGGGGCCAAGGCACCACCAUCCCAGGAAGGAGCCUUGGCCCGCCAGCUGGUACCACUCCCGGCGGGGGCCAAGGCACCUCCACUCCGGGUAGGAGCCUUGGUCCGCCAGUGGGUACCAUCCCUGGCGGGAGCCCUGGCCUUGCGGCGGGUACCACCCCCAGCGAGGGCCAAGCCACCACCAUCCCUGGCGGGAGCCUUGGCCCGACAGCCCAUAUGAUAUAUACCGGCGUCAAUGAUAAAAGUGCUAGUAGUGUGACACUCAUAAGUUCAAUAAUGCUUGUUGCUGCGUCUCUCUUCCAAUUUCUUGUAAUGUCUUGGGUUAUUUAG